GUGUGUCUUCCUUCAAGAUGACAGGGCGCUGGAGAAAAGGCCGCUGGAAUCAGCUGGUGAAAGCCCAGCCUCUGUGGUUCUUAAUGCCUCAGCAGGAUUAUUUUCACUAAAGAUGGAAACACUGGAGUCGGAAUUGACCUGUCCAAUCUGCCUAGAGUUGUUUGAAGACCCCCUUCUGCUCCCGUGUGCUCAUAGCCUCUGCUUCAGCUGUGCCCAUCGCAUCUUGGUCUCUAGCUGCAGCUCUGGUGAAUCCAUUGAACCCAUUACUGCUUUCCAGUGCCCUACUUGUAGGUAUGUUAUCUCUCUGAACCACCGAGGUCUGGACGGCCUCAAGAGGAAUGUGACCCUGCAGAACAUUAUCGACCGCUUCCAGAAGGCUUCCGUAAGUGGGCCCAACUCGCCAAGUGAGAGCCGCCGGGAGAGGACUUACAGGCCCAGCACCACCAUGUCUAGUGAGCGAAUUGCUUGCCAGUUCUGCGAGCAGGACCCCCCACGGGAUGCUGUGAAAACCUGCAUCACCUGUGAGGUCUCCUACUGUGACCGUUGCCUGCGGGCCACGCACCCCAACAAGAAACCCUUCACCAGCCAUCGCUUGGUAGAACCAGUGCCAGACACACACCUUCGAGGGAUCACCUGCCUGGACCAUGAGAAUGAGAAAGUGAAUAUGUAUUGUGUAUCUGAUGACCAAUUGAUCUGUGCCUUAUGCAAACUGGUGGGCCGUCAUCGAGACCAUCAAGUUGCAUCCCUGAAUGAUCGGUUUGAAAAGCUCAAGCAAACUCUGGAGAUGAACCUCACCAACCUAGUCAAGCGCAACAGCGAACUAGAAAAUCAAAUGGCCAAACUAAUACAGAUCUGUCAACAGGUUGAGGUGAAUACUGCUAUGCAUGAGGCAAAACUAAUGGAAGAAUGUGACGAGCUGGUAGAGAUCAUCCAACAGAGGAAGCAAAUGAUUGCUGUCAAAAUCAAAGAGACAAAGGUUAUGAAACUGAGAAAAUUGGCACAGCAGGUUGCUAAUUGCCGCCAAUGUCUUGAAAGGUCAACAGUUCUCAUCAACCAAGCUGAGCAUAUCCUGAAAGAAAAUGACCAGGCACGGUUUCUACAGUCUGCAAAAAAUAUUGCUGAGAGGGUCGCUAUGGCAACAGCAUCCUCUCAAGUUCUGAUUCCAGACAUCAAUUUUAAUGAUGCCUUUGAAAACUUUGCUUUAGAUUUUUCCAGAGAAAAGAAAUUGCUGGAGGGGCUAGAUUAUUUAACAGCCCCUAAUCCACCAUCUAUCCGAGAAGAACUCUGUACAGCCUCCCAUGACACCAUUACAGUGCACUGGAUCUCAGACGAUGAGUUCAGCAUCAGCUCCUAUGAGCUUCAGUACACCAUAUUCACUGGCCAGGCUAACUUCAUCAGUAAGUCAUGGUGUAGUUGGGGCCUGUGGCCAGAGAUAAGGAAAUGUAAGGAAGCAGUAAGCUGCUCAAGAAUGGCCGGGGCGCCACGAGGUCUGUAUAAUUCAGUGGAUAGCUGGAUGAUUGUGCCCAAUAUUAAGCAGAACCAUUAUACAGUGCACGGACUUCAGAGUGGGACUCGAUACAUCUUUAUUGUGAAAGCCAUAAACCAAGCAGGCAGCCGUAACAGUGAACCUACCCGACUGAAAACCAACAGCCAACCCUUUAAACUGGACCCCAAAAUGACUCACAAAAAGUUGAAGCUCUCCAAUGACGGAUUGCAGAUGGAAAAAGAUGAAAGCUCUUUAAAGAAGAGCCACACCCCAGAGAGGUUUAGUGGCACAGGGUGCUAUGGGGCAGCCGGAAAUAUCUUCAUUGACAGUGGCUGCCACUACUGGGAAGUGGUCAUGGGCGCCUCAACAUGGUACGCUAUCGGUAUUGCUUACAAAUCAGCCCCGAAGAAUGAAUGGAUUGGCAAGAAUGCUUCCUCGUGGGUCUUUUCUCGCUGCAAUAGUAACUUCGUGGUGCGACAUAACAGCAAGGAGAUGCUGGUGGACGCGCCCCCGCAGCUGAAGCGUCUGGGCGUCCUCCUGGACUACGACAACAACACGUUGUCCUUCUAUGACCCGGCUAACUCUCUCCAUCUUCACACGUUUGAUGUGACCUUCAUUCUGCCAGUUUGUCCAACAUUCACAAUCUGGAACAAAUCCCUAAUGAUCCUGGCCGGCUUGCCUGCCCCAGAUUUUAUUGAUUACCCCGAGCGACAGGAAUGCAACUGCAGGCCUCAAGAAUCCCCCUAUGUUUCGGGGAUGAAAGCUUGCCAUUAAGUUUCCAGGGAGCAGAUAAUUCACUAGCUCUCCAGUUCAGCAGUAGAUGGUUUUGUUUGUUUUUUUUUAUUUUUUAAAGCCCCUCUUAAACCUCAGUUAGUGUUCGAGCUAUGCGAAACAAAAUAAAGUUUGUUUGAAGCAUCCAAAAUAACUAGAUAUUUUAGAUUUAAUUCCUGUGCAUUAAAACUUGUAUACGAAUUAAUGUAUUGAGUUUCUCAGAGGGAGUUAUCUGCAUAGUCUGGUUUAAAGCCAUUGGAGAAGAAGUUGAGAGAAUGUCUUUCCUGUCUUGAAAUUAGGAGAAUUUCAAAUUCCAGUGAUGUAGGAGUAAGUAUAAGUGAUAUUGGAAGGAAUUGGGGUAAUUUGGGGUGAAAAAAUGUAGGAAGUUUUUUCUGAGGCAGGGGGCUAGCCAGUUGGGGGAAGGUGGGGAAGGAGAUCAGACUCAUGACUAGUUCUGGCUAAUUUGGCCAAGUAGAAUUUUGAACAGUGUCAGAUGACCACAUAUUAUAUAUAGCUUUUGAUAAAAACCUACAAUUGUGGGUUUAUUAUAAUGAAAACAUAUGUAUAUAUAAUAUUUAGUGAAUAAAUAAUAUAUAUUCAUUUUAUAUUUAUAUAUACAUAAUAAACUCAUUAAUUUGCUCAUUUGAGUGAGAAAUAUACUGAAAGGGAAAUAUACAUUCAUUUUGUCCCCUAAAGAGAGCAUCAAGAUCUUUCAACAUCUCUCACUUCAUCCACACAUGCAUCCAUCUAUUUACCCACCCACCCAUCCACCCACCCACCCAUCCAUAUACACAUAUAAUCAUGAUACGUAAUGGGAAGAGCUCUAAAACGGAUUAGAAGAGAUUUGGGGAUCAAGAUUGCACAAGAGGUCCUCUCAAUAGGUGAACAUUGAUCCAGAUAGAAGUGUUAUAUGUAACAAAACUUCUGUGAUGCUACUUCAUGAGGAAGACCAGUCUGAAUUGUUGAAAAUUCUUUCACAGAAUAUUUUGAGUAGAAACUGUUUUAAUACUCUUCGAGUAUACAUUAUUACUAGAAUUAGCCAUUAAAAAAAGAGUUACAUAAAGAGGUUCUUUAGGAUCCUGCUUUAAUUAGUCAUUCAGAAUGUUGCUAUUUAUGCAAUAACUGCGUAUAAAUGUCUUUCUAUUUUCUGAUAAAACACGUCUGAUGUACUUAAAAAUCCCUGGAAACAAUUUUUGUUUUCUUAAAUAGAUUAAAGAAUUAUUACUCCUGCAAUCUUGUUUACACCGCUCAUUUGCAUAGCCAAUCCUUUAAGACUAGAGCAGAGGAAAAUUUCAUCCCAGUCCUCGCUAGUGUAGUUGAGAGAAGAGUUUUAUGGUAUAUUCUUUAUCCAUUUCCAUUUCAGGGAUGGAGGAAGUCAGAGAACCAAUUUUUUCUCCUUUCUAGGAGCUAAGUCAGCUUCCUAGAGUAUACUUUGGGGGAGUUUUGAAGAAAUAUUACUGUUGUACAAUUAUAAAGUGGUAGCUAAAACAACUCUCCAACAUGGAGCUUUGAAAUAAUGUCCAAAUGUCUCCCCACCAGUUUGGUGAACUAAUUCAACGAACUACUAUAUCCCAAGUACCACAUACUUCUAUUGGUGGGCACAAACAAGGGAGAUUCUAAACGUUUCUGGGAAAAUGGAAUCCAAAAAUCAUGGAAAUCUUCCCCCAAUUUUUGAAAGCCUUCCCCCGCCCCCCCACCCACACACGGUAUUUGUUUACAUUGAGCAGAUCAGCUGCAAAAGAUCUCCUUAAAGUGUUAAAAAACAAAGAUAAUGCUUUAGGGACUAAGGCUCGCCUGACCCAAGCCUUGGCAUUUUCAAUUGCCUUGUAUGCAUGUAAAAGCUGGGCGAAGUAUAUGAAAAGUCAAGGAAUUGAUGCCUUUGCAUUAUGGUGUUGGUAAAAAACACCAUGGACUGCCAGAAGGAGGAAGUGAAGAUGGCGAGACUUGGUCGUCAGGAGGGACCAGUCCCUGGGAAAGGUCAUUAUGCUAAGUAAGGUUGAGAGGCAGCAGAACAGGCUGGUUUGACACUGUGGCUGCACCAGUGGGCUCAAGCAUGACACUGGUGGUGAGGCUGUCACCUGACAGGCCUGUGUUUCAGUUCUGUUGUACUAUGAGUGGGAAUGGAGUUGACAGCACCUAACAGCGGGUCUACUAUUUUGUAGAAGAGAAAAAGUAUGUAUGUAACUCCCCAAAUUAAGACUUAUUUGUGCGUAACAUGGUUACACAUCGGGCUGCUAACCAGAAGCCAUUCUGCAGGAUAAAGAACAGGCUUUCUACGCCUGCAAAGGGUUUCCGAAUCCCCCAAGGACAAUUCGGUCCUACAGGGUCACCAUGAAUUAGCAUCAACUCGAUGACCGGGUUUGGUUUCGUUUGAGUUCAAACAUACAGAUUCAGUGGCAAAGCAAGCUUUUUGGUUGUAUAAGACUAACUAGUAAUCAGGAAAUUUCCAACCUCAGUAAGAAUCUACAUCGCUGGUAAGUAGCUUGCUGUAGUGGAAAGAUCAUCGCCUUGGGACUAACAGAAUCCAAUGGCCUCUGCCAUUGGUUAGUGGUGUGGCUUAUGGCAAGCCGCUUCACUUCUCUGAGCCGGUUUUCUCUUCUGCAAAAUAAUACCUACCUCACAAGAUUGACGGAAAAUGCCUAGCCCAGCACCUAGCCCUUAGUGAGAGUGUAAUGUUAAUUUCCUCUUUGCCCCUUCUCUCACCUUAAUGUGUGCCCUUCAUUUCUAAAUUAACCUGGCUUUCUUGCUAGCGACUAUCUCAAAAUUCUUAAACCAAAUGAUGCUUCCCCCUUUCAUAAAACAAUUCACUGGCUCUCAUAACUGAGGUAGAAAGAAAGCCAGACCUCCCGUGGGUUUGGCUUUUCAAAAUCCUACUUCCUUUCCCAGCUUCAUCUUUUGCCACCCUUUCACCCAGGUUACUCACCUAUUUAUGCAAUCUGUUUUAUGGGCUUGAAUCAAAGAUUUGAUAAAAAACAAAUCUUGACUCCAGGGUAAAUAGUAGGAAAUGUCCUUAAAGGAAUAGUAUGAACAUGGUGUAAAUCUAUAUCACUCCACCCAGGACCCUUGUCCAAUUUCCUUUCCCAUGUCCUUGGGUCUCCCAAUCCAUCUAUUUUGGUGCCCAUUGACCUCGGGCCUGACUGCCUUUCCCUGCCCCUAUCCCUCCCAACCAGGCGAACUCCUGACUUAACUAGACUCGGGACUAAUAUGUCACCCCGAGCAUCUCUUCUCUCAGUAAUAACUGCAUUGUAUAGCAGCCUUUUAUCAAAGUGUGAUCCUCAGACCACCUACAUUAGAAUCCGCUUUGAUGUGUGUAAAAGCCAUUGAUUCCUAGACCCUUCCCCAGACGCACUUAGAGUAUCUGGGAAUUUCCUUACCGAGCUCCUCAUGUGAUUCUGAAGCACACAAAAGUCUAAUGUAUAUUAAUCAUCUUCCCUGCUGGGCUGUGAAUACCUUUAAUGGAAAGGACUGCGUGCUUAUUGUUAUUGUUGUAUUUUUAAUAGCUGGCAUACUCUUUGUAACAGUCAAUUCCUGGCUUGUUCAUGGAAUGAAUGAUCAAGGAUCCUUCCUGUUCUCUGAUGUUCAUACUGGUCUUUGUCAUCCCCUGGAAGCUACUACCUUAGGAUUUUUUUUUGAAGAUGAGGCACCAUUAUGUUUCAUCUUUUCAAAUUGUGUUCUCUGAUAGAGAAUUAAACGUGGGGUUAUAGCUAAAAAUGAUUCCGAGCAAAACUGUUGGCUAAAAUGGGAAACUAAACUGGAUUUGGGUUAACUAGUGAAGCUUGACUGAAAAAAAAUGUAGUGAAUCUUAGAUAGUUCAGUAAACUUCAGGCUUUCAAAGAGUUCUAGUAAUGCCAUAGGCCUUUAAAGAAGGCACUGAUUACUUCUUGGUAAACCAAGUUGGACAUAGAAAAUAGGACCUAUACUUAACAUCUUCAGGGAAUGUGACUGUGUAAUUAUUUUGUUGUUGUUCUACUCAAUCCAUUACCAUUCAACUCUUUCUGCUAGCAAAGCAUUCUUUUCAUCUGUGAUUUAUGCUUAUUUCCACCUUUGUAUAUUGUCUUAUGAAGAAAGCACAAAAAUACAAAAGAGACCUGUUUCGAGAAUAUAAAAGAAAUGUUUAAUGACACAUUGGGGUUCUGGUUACUUGUAAGAGGAACUGAAUCUGGAUGUGUAUUUAAUCAUGUAAUUUCCUUGUGUAAUUUUUGAUGCAGUGAAUUUCGGGCCGUAGCAAAUCCGUUGUUUCUUUUCAGCUAAAACACACUAGGUGCCACGGAUACCCUUCCUUCCAAGGAAUGGGUGAAUGUGAGGCCUGUAUACAAGAACCACUCCCACCCUUAUUUCCAACUCCUAAAGCCAAUUUGCAGCCUCUGAGCCAUUAGGCUGUAUUUGGCCAUGGUUGUCCAGAUUGACUGCCAUCAUACCAGGUACAACUGCCUUUUCGGGUCUGGUCUGCUAGCUUCAGAUGUAUGCUGUGUUGUUGCUAUUGGCUGGAAUAUUUAUUAAACUCUUGUACUAUUUUUUAUCAAAUGCUUAACCCCUUGUUUGUACUAGGAGUUCUGGACUCUUCUAGUGACAGAAAUCUGAGCAUAUGCAGAUUACAGUCUCACCCCUCUACAAAAUAUCCCGGCUCAUUCAAAAUGCUAUAUUAUGAAGUCAAUAAAUAUCUAUGUAUUCAUGAA